ACCAGUCCCAGAGAGCCCAGAGGGACAGCGCCCCCAGUCUGACAGAGAGGCACACAGCCUCGAGCCCAACUGGGGGCGCCGCCACCAGGCAACCCUUCCCCCUUCCCAGCCUCCCUCCAAGGUCCCUUUAAGACAGGGCUGGUCCUCUUCGCCUCCCCUCCCGGCAUUACAUUAACCCUUCGCUGUCCAGGUGGCCCCCUGGGCGCCAGGCCGGGUGGGCGGAGGCAGAGGGAGCCUGGGCGGGGAAAGUGUUGCCCAAAGUCUAGGAGGGAGAGGAGGCUGGGGAGCCAGGAAGGCAACUUCGGAGGAGCAAGCGGAGCCUGCCAAGGGGCCCUUGCUGUGCCAGGUGGGCAGUGCCAAAUCAGAGGAGCCCGGAGCUAGGGGGAGGGCUGGGAACAGCCCGGCCCUGCCCCCUCCCCUGCGACGUGCCCAGCAACUUCGGGAGAAAAGUUUGGCAUCGACUACGUGGUGGUGCCUGAGGAUGGGCAGGGUUCCACUGGCCUGGUGCUUGGCCCUGUGCUUUUGGGGCUUCAUGGUCCCCAAGGGAGCACAGGCCGAGGUCGAUGACCCCUUUGUGGAGAGCCCAGGGAACGUCACCGGUUCCCGGGGAAUCACCACGGUCCUUCGAUGUGAGCUCAAGGUUCGGGGGGAGCCCCCCGAGGUGAACUGGCUUCGGGAUGGACAGGUCUUAGAGCUGGCGGACAGCACUCAAAUCCAGGUGCCCCUGGGUGAAGACUGGCAAGAUGACUGGAAAGUGGUCAGCCGACUCAGCAUCUCCUCCCUGCAGCUUGUGGAUGUGGGGUGGUAUCAAUGUGCCGUGGACCUGAGAGGACAGAACUUUAUGUCCCAGCCUGGCUAUGUAGGGCUGGAAGGCCUCCCUUACUUCCUGGAGGAGCCUGAAGGCCGGACUGUAGCCGCCAACACACCCUUCAACUUGAGCUGCUGGGCCCAGGGACCGCCAGAACCAGUGCGCCUACUCUGGCUCCAGGAUGCUGUCCCCCUGGCCCCAUCCUUGGGCCACAGCCCCCAGCACAGCCUGCAAGUUCCAGGGCCCUGGAACCAAACUCUCCUGCCCCCUCCUCCUACCGCCUGCCCUGAAGAGAUCUGCUGGCCUCUGUCAAGGGGGCCACAGCCCAAAGAAGAAAGAAGACAGGAGACAGAGAAAGACAAUCACAGAGGCCUGAACAAGACAUCUUCUUUCUCCUGUGAAGCCCACAAUGCCAAGGGGGUCACCACAUCCCGCACGGCCACCAUCACAGUGCUCCCCCAACAGCCCCGAGACCUCCACCUGGUUUCCAGCCAGCCCACGGAACUGGAGGUGGCUUGGUCCCCUGGCCUGAGUGGCAUCUACCCUCUCACUCACUGCACCUUACAGGCUGUGCUGUCGGACGAUGGGGUGGGCAGCUGGCUGGGAGAGCCAGAACCCCCAGAGGAGCCCCUCACCCUGCAAGCAUCCGUGCCCCCUCACCAGCUUCGGCUGGGCAGCCUGCAUCCUCACACCCCUUAUCACAUCCGGGUGUCGUGUGCCAGCAGUCAGGGCCCUUCGCCUUGGACACACUGGCUUCCCGUGGAGACACCAGAGGGAGUGCCCCUGGGCCCCCCUGAGAACAUUAGCGCCAUGCGGAACGGGAGCCAGGUCCUCGUGCGUUGGCAGGAGCCAAGGGCACCCCUGCAGGGCACCCUGUUAGGGUACCGGCUGGCUUAUCGAGGCCAAGACACCCCUGAGGUGCUAAUGGACGUAAGGCUAAUGCGAGAAGUGACCCUGGAACUGCGGAGGGACGGCCCCGUGCCUAACUUGACUGUGUCCGUGGCAGCCUACACUGCUGCCGGCGAUGGUCCCUGGAGCCGCCCUGUGUCCCUGGAGCCCUGGCGCCCAGGGCAAGGACAGCCAGUCCACCAGCUGGUGAGUGAACCCCCCGCUCCUGCCUUCUCAUGGCCCUGGUGGUAUGUACUGCUGGGAGCAGUUGUGGCCGCUGCCUGUGUCCUCAUCUUGGCCCUAUUUCUUGUCCACCGGAGGAAGAAAGAGACUCGCUAUGGGGAGGUGUUUGAACCAACAGUAGAAAGAGGUGAACUGGUGGUCAGGUACCACAUCCGCAAGUCCUACAGUCGUCGGACCACUGAAGCCACUUUGAACAGCCUGGGCAUCAGUGAAGAGCUGAAGGAAAAGCUGCGGGACGUGAUGGUGGACCGGCACAAGGUGGCCCUGGGGAAGACACUGGGAGAAGGAGAGUUUGGAGCUGUGAUGGAGGGCCAGCUGAACCAGGACGACUCCAUCCUCAAGGUGGCUGUGAAGACAAUGAAGAUUGCCAUCUGCACGAGAUCAGAGCUGGAAGACUUCCUGAGUGAAGCUGUCUGCAUGAAGGAAUUCGACCACCCCAACGUCAUGAGACUCAUUGGUGUCUGCUUCCAGGGUUCUGAAAGAGAGGGGUUCCCAGCACCAGUGGUCAUCUUACCGUUCAUGAAGCAUGGAGACCUACACAGUUUCCUCCUCUACUCCCGGCUCGGGGACCAGCCAGUGUUCCUCCCCACUCAGAUGCUGGUAAAGUUCAUGACAGACAUCGCCAGUGGCAUGGAGUACCUGAGUACUAAGAGAUUCAUACACCGGGACCUGGCUGCCAGGAACUGCAUGCUGAAUGAGAACAUGUCUGUGUGUGUGGCGGACUUUGGGCUGUCCAAGAAGAUCUACAAUGGGGACUACUACCGCCAGGGUCGCAUUGCCAAGAUGCCAGUCAAGUGGAUCGCCAUUGAGAGCCUUGCUGACCGAGUCUACACUAGCAAGAGUGAUGUGUGGUCCUUCGGGGUGACAAUGUGGGAGAUUGCCACAAGGGGCCAAACACCAUAUCCUGGAGUGGAGAACAGUGAGAUUUAUGACUACCUGCGCCAGGGGAAUCGCCUGAAGCAGCCUGUGGACUGUCUCGAUGGCCUGUAUGUCCUGAUGUCCCAGUGUUGGGAGCUGAACCCCCGAGACCGGCCAAGUUUUACUGAGCUGCGGGAAGACCUAGAGAAUACACUGAAGACCUUGCCUCCUACCCAGGAGCCGGACGAAAUCCUCUAUGUCAACAUGGAUGAGGGCAGAGGUUAUCCUGAGCCCCCUGGAGCUGCUGGAGGAGCUGACCCCCCAACCCAGCCUGACCCUAAGGAUUCCUGUAGCUGCCUCACUGCAGCUGAGGUUCAUCCUGCUGGACGAUAUGUCCUUUGCCCUUCUACAGCCCCUGCCCCCACUCUGCCUGCUGACAGGGCCUUCCCAGCACCCCCAGGGCUGGAGGAUGUAGCCUGAGACAACCCUCCACCUGGGACUCCCUCUCAGGAUCCAAGCUAGGCACUGCCACUGGGGAAACCUCACCCCCCAACUUUCCCACUCCAGGCCUAUCCCCAGCUACAGCCUUAUCUUCCUACCCUUCCUACAUCCAUCCCAGACAGAACUUUCCCUUUCUCUGCAUCACAGCAUCCUCCUCCAUAAUAAGAAGUUGCUGCACAAAGCAUGAUGGUGCAGACCUGUAAUUCUAGCACUCGGGAGGCCAAGGCAGAAGGAUUGCCAAGUUCAAGGCCACCCUGGGUUAUAUAACCAGACUUUGUCUCAAAGCAAAGACAUGAUUGGAGUGUAAUAGCUAACGGUCCUCCCAGAUCUAACAUUCAGAAAUUCUAGAUUGUGGCCAGGGAUGUAGCUCAGUGGCACCACACCUACCUGGCAAGCACAAGGUCCUGAGUUCGAUCCCCGGCACAAAAAUAAAUUCUAAAUUGUAAGGCCUAAACAGUCUAUAUCAAAAAUUCUAGGUCUCAAAGUUGCUGUGAAUCUUUGGUUCAAAGGGCCUGAAAUUCCAGUCUCUAAUUCUAAAGUGCUAUGUUUCUUUUCUUUUCUUUCCUUUUUUUAAAGAAAGCAUCGUGCUAUGUUACCCAGCACUAGUCUGGAAUUCCUGGGCUCAAGUGACCCUCCCACCUCAGCCUCCCAAGUAGCUGGGACUAUAGGUGUGCUAAGAUUCUUGAUAAGGGCCCAAGAUUCUAGGUUUAAAGCUAAAGAUUCUAGUUCUAGGAUUUAAGACUCUAUGAGUCUAGAAUUUAGUUUUCAAGAGUUCUGAGUUCUUAGGGCAUAAGACUCUAGAUUCUACAAUUCUAAAGCUCUAUAAUUCUAGACAUGGAGGUUCUAAGGCCUACUGUUCUAAAAUUUGAUGGUCAAAGGCUUUGAAUCUAGAUAUCUUGGUUGUAAGAAACUGAUCAUAAGCCUUCAAAUUUUCAUUUUCUCAAAUUCUAAGAUCCUAAUGAUGGUCAAUUGUAGUUUCUGAGGCUCUCUGAUCAUAGAUUCUUUUGUUUGAGACCUUGGAUCUGAAAGGUCUAAGAUUCUACAAUCUGCAAUUCAGAAGUUCUAAGAGUCUAAAGAUGGAGAUUCCAAGAUCUAAUGUUCUAAAAUGUUUAUUCUAAAACUUAAUCCAAGAACCUAGAUUCUCUAAAAUUCUAAGUCACGUGCCCCAAGAGUCUACAUUAUUAAACUCUAAGAUUCUAAUGUUGGCCUGUUUAAUGUUUCAAGGCACUGUAAGAUUCCACUGACCCAUGAUUUUGGAUCCCAAGCAUCUAAGUUAUAAGACUCUCACUUAACUGUGACUAAUUAGACACCAAAGUUCUAAUCAUUUCUAAUGUUGGACACCUCUAGGUUCUAUGCUGUACUCUUCGUUUCUAGGAUUAUAAUUAAAGGUCCAAAAGUACACAUUUCUAGACACUAGAAGCUUAAGAAGUAAAUGUUCUAAAUUUCUAAGAUUCUACUUGUCUAGAACAGUAGGUACAAUUUCAAGGUUCUAACCGAAAGGUUAGGAUUGGUUCCCUUCUUAGCCACCUAUGCUUCCUCCUCCCCUCAUGUGGGGGUGUGCCCCCCUCAAGUCUGUGCAAUGCAAUUAGGGAUGCCUCCUUUCCCCCAGGGAAUGGACCAUCUCCCUCCUUUGGGCCAUGCUGCCCUCUUGAGCCAGUCCCUCAUCCUCCCUGUACAGAAUGUGGACUCUAGUGCCUCUAGAGGGGCUCUGGUCACAUAAAAUUUUGUCAAUCACUA